GCAUCGGGCCCCCAGGCGGGGCGACAGGCAUCGGGCCCCCAGGCGGGGCGACAGGCAUCGGGCCCCCAGGCGGGGCGACAGGCAUCGGGCCCCCAGGCGGGGCGGCGGGCGCCGGACCCCCAGGCGGAACUACAGGCCUCGGGCCCUCAGGCGGAGCGGCGGGCGCCGGACCCCCGGGUGGAGCGACAGGUCUCAUGCCCUCAGGCGGAGCGGCGGGCGCCGGACCCCCAGGCGGAGCGACAGGUCUCGGGCCCUCAGGUGGAGCGGCGGGCGCCGGACCCCCAGGUGGAGCGACAGGUCUCGGGCCCUCAGGCGGAGCGGCGGGCGCCGGACCCCCAGGUGGAGCGACAGGUCUCGGGCCCUCAGGCGGAGCGGCGGGCGCCGGACCCCCAGAUGGAGCGACAGGUCUCGGGCCCUCAGGCGGAGCGGCGGGCGCCGGACCCCCAGGUGGAGCGACAGGUCUCGGGCCCUCAGGCGGAGCGGCGGGCGCCGGACCCCCAGGCGGAGCGACAGGUCUCGGGCCCCCAGGCGGGGCGGCGGGCGCCGGACCCCCAGGUGGAGCGGCGGGCGCUGGACCCCCAGGCGGAGCGACAGGUCUCGGGCCCCCAGGCGGAGCAGCGGGCACCGAGUCACCAGGCACGACAGUGGGCU